AGACUGGCCCAGCUGUUACACUACACUAGCCUGAGUCAGGCAUUGUUUUCCAAGCCACUAUCCGCGAUCGGGUCAUCGCAGCCUUCAAGGGGGAAUGUGACCCGGAGAAUAGCCCGCUGAACCUUCCAAGAUGGACACCUUGUCUCUUUAUUUGUUUAUUUUCGUUUUAUUUUACCUUUUGGUUUGUUUCCUCUCAUACUAUCCCAUGUUGUCCACUUUCUACUGUCUCUAUCUAGAACCUGCAGGUUUGCUUAUCUCUAGCGUUGUGUUUUAUAUUUGUUAUUUUUGUUUGUUAUUUUGAUUAUUGUCCAACCCCUACCCCCCUCUCUCUUUCUUGCUACAGCUGCGGCUUGUGUGUGGUUGGGUUCUGUCCAGGUUGCUACGGCAUACCGGUGGGAUGUGUGUCACACAAGCGAUGCUAGGAGGAUCGCUAGCUGUUUCGUUCCCUUGUCUCCUGCACCGGUUGACGUAGUGAAGGGCUUGUCUAGGUGUUAAAAUGACCCAAAAUAAUGAUGCACAUCAUCUUUUGACACAUCCAAGCACUUGUUUUUGACUUUUAAACUGUAGCCGAGGGCAACAUUUAGGACUUUUACCUCACAUUGCUUCAGUAACACGGAUCGCACCAUUUGCUCAUCCUAACAUAUGCAUUACUGAUUUGCUUUCAUAAUGCUUUAUUUUUGAAAGAUGGUUCCUUGCGUCUUUUUUUUGUGCUGAAGAAAUGAAAAUCCUGUGCUAAGUCCCUCCAGCUGUACUCAAAUUUGUUGUUGUUUUGUCUUCUUCUGCAGAAAAGAAGAAGAUUAUAACCCGCAACGGAAAUGAGCAAAAAUCCUAAUUGUGAUGCAGCCAUUGGGGUUGUCUUGUGUUGCACACCUUUCCAACACUGCGAAAACGAUCGCCCCACGGAAAAGCGCCCAUGCUUGAUAUCGUAUGGUUCAUGCCCAAUAUGUUUCCAGUCCAGGGAAGAUUCCAGAAGAAGCCAAGGCUCUGUCGCUGCUGGCCCCCGUCGCCCCAGUACCCAGUCUGAUUCCUGGUGGAGGGCUGCUGCCAAUCCCCACUCCGGCUUCGAUACCAAGUCUGAACCUCCCUUUAGUGAAUCGGAUCGCUGCCGGCUUUGAUGCCUCGCCGCCGGUGCCGUCGGUGCUCUCGCAGCCUCCCCUCGUCGGAAAUGUUGAUCCGUCAAAAAUCAAUGAGAUCAGAAGGACGGUUUAUGUCGGCAACUUGAACUCACAGACGACCACAGCAGAGCAGCUGAUGGAGUUCUUCAAGCAGGUGGGAGAUGUGAAGUUUGUGCGAAUGGCCGGAGACGAGAACCAACCCACUCGUUUCGCCUUCGUCGAGUUUGUUGAGCAGGAGUCCGUCGCCAGGGCCCUGACCCUGAAUGGAGUCAUGUUUGGAGACAGACCCCUGAAGGUUAAUCAUUCCAAUAAUGCUAUUGUAAAACCCCCCGAGCUGACGCCCCAGGCUGCUGCGAAGGAGCUAGAGAGUGUGAUGAAGAGGGUGAGGGAAGCCCAGUGCACCAUCGCUGCUGCUAUAGAGCCAGAAACAAAGAAGCGUUCCUCCAGUCGGUCUCGGAGGUCACGGCGGUCUCGCUCCCGUUCACACUCCAAACCCCGCAGGAAGAGGUCUCGUUCCAAGCACAGCAGAUCGUCACAGCGUCUGUGGCCAGGGCUCGCCUCCCACAGCUCCAGAAUUGGCCACAGAAGGAGAUCUCGCUCCAAAGACAGAAGACACGCCCUGAGUCGCUCCAGGGGCCACAAGAGGAGGAGUCUGUCCCGAAGCCCCCGAAGGAAACCCAGGUCACCGUCUCCAAAACGAGAAAGAAAAGAGAAAAGGAGAGAGCGGAGCCGGGACAGGAAGGAACGUUCCACGUCCAGGAAGAGGAGCCGCAGAGAUGAAGACAAGAUGAGCAAAUCCAAGUCAGCAAAGCUCAACAACACCAAAGUAGAAAAGGUGGAGUAUGAAAGCAACAGAGAAGGCUCGGUCACACCAAGUGAGGACAUGAUGUCAUCAACGUGCACCCAGCAUAACGGCAGCUACAAGAGUCACCGUGAGGAGGACGGACAUUUGCAAGCGAAUAGAAACAAGUGAGCCUUUAAUGUCGCCAUAGAAACGAACGCGGCUCCAUCAAGGUGUCCCGGCACCCGGCCGUGUUCGUAUUGAUUCACAAACGCUCACAGCAAAUCCUUUUUCACAUCACAGCCUCAUCAAACUCACUCAGAUCUUUGUAACCGAGCUGGUUUUCCUGCCUGAAGAACCACGGUAGCGCCGUGUUUCAGGGAGCGUGUUUAAUUCGAGCUCACAGAAUCACCCCGAUGCCAACGCUUGUUUCAAAGCCGUUGUAUUAGCUUAUAAAACACUGUCGAGAGCCUGCGGCAGCAUCCUCCACCAGUUUGUUCUUGGCUUUGAGAAUCAAAUCCGUGUUUUGAAGCUGCUGAAACGUGGGAGCUUACAGUUCUGAGCCAACUGCAGAGUUUCCAGGACUCGUUCGUGUCUCAAACAAACGUCGGCCGGAAUCUGGGAUGGGGAAAAAAAACUCUGUGAGUUUAAAGUUGGUUUUAACUGUGACUUUGUCUCUGACUGUAACCCUUUGUAGAUAAAAGCAUUUAAUGCCUUUUAGACUGGCAGUGUUAUCUUCCACCGCGUAUGUCAUUUCCUUCAUAUUAAAGCAGCAAUCAGCCUUACGGUUGGUGGAAGACUGUCCUCUCCUUCAUUUAGGUAAAGUAUGAUUCACAAAUAUUUAAUCGGGGACACAAAUGAAUGCUGUUUGAUGCACUUAGGAUAGAACAUUAGAUUAUCUAGUGUGGAAACGUUUAUAUUUACAAUUACUAGAAACUGCGGCGGUUCUUCAGGAAUACAGAGGUUUUAUUUAGAUGUUGUUUGGCUUCCAUAUUAGUCCCAAGUCUCCUCUUUUAGCAUUUCAUUUAUGUUUGCAGCCCUAACCCUGUGCGUUUGUCAGUGUACCUUAAACUGCUUUAAGGAAUAGUGUAAGCUAGAUAUCAUUACUUUAGUUUGUCAGCCAGAGACCUGAUGAAGAACAUCAACGUUAUUUAACCCCAGAAAGCUGGAAAUUCCUUCUGUUUGUUGCCUUUUGAGGUGAAGCGGCUCGUCCUGUGAAGUAAAACGUUUUUGUUUUUAACAGUAAAAGUAAGAUUCACACAUGAGUCAACAUUAGCAGAAAGAUAAGAACGUGACAGCCGUUUGACGCAGGAGGAAUUGUUUUUUUUAACUAUCUGCAUAAGUGAUGCAAUAAAAAAGUUUUCUGAUUGUUAGCUUUUCUCACCAUCAGUGUGUUUUUAAUACGUGUGAACUAAUGGACAUCAGCAGCAGUUAGAAGGCCCCGUUGUCGUGUUUACUGACAUGUUUAACCCUCCUUUCAACCCUUCAGUUAAUGAUUACAGAGAAAUACUGGGAAAAGAUGAGAUGCAAGCUCUCCUCUUAAGGUGUUUUACAGACCUGGAGGCGUUGAUGCUCUACAAUGUUUUUGUCCGUGUUCCAGAUUUUCUCUUAAGCUUAAUUCAAACGUUAGACAGCACACCGAAAGGUCGACACUGAAGGCAACGUUUGGGAUCUCUUUGGCUUGAGAAGAUUUCUGCAAAAUGCUUAUUUGGCCUUUGGGGGAAGUUUCCACUCUGUGUUUCACUGGAGCCAGAGCUGGCUUCUCCUGCUGACAGCUGGACCAGUUCAAAGAAUUCCCAACAGACAGAAUCAAGAAGUCGGAAAACCAACUAUGUAACAACAGGUGGUUGAAACCGGACAUUGGGUUUAGACUUUAAGAUUGUUUUUGGGACUCGCACUUGGCCUGUCGAACAUAGUGACUUGACUCAACCUGGGCUAAACCUAUGUGACUCGUACUUGCACUUGGAUUCUCACACUAAGGACUCGAGAGAUGGUUAUUUUAAAAAAAAAUACUUCAAAUUCUUUGAGUAACAUGAUUCUGCUACAGCUUUUGUGGAUUUUAAUCAUCAGUCAGAUAAUUAAAACAAACCAGAACUAGAGGUUGACCGAUAUUGGUUUUCUAUUGCCGAUACCGAUAUGUGGAGGUCACGGUCAGCUAAAGGCAGAUAUCUAGACAUUUUUCACCUCAUUUACCUGCUAAAAUGUCACUAAUAACAUCAGCUAAUGCACAAAAGUUCUGACGCCGACUCUGCUUUUCAACACUGAAUUUAACUAACUGCCCAGUGUUAAAAUCUGUAUCUAACUAAAGUUAAUCAAACAAAUCAAUUAACUGAGUUAACUAUUAACUAUUCAAAUCUGGUAAAAGAAAAAAUGGUUGAAAAUAAAUGUUUAGAGUACUUAUUGUGUAGUUGUUAUUCAGGAACGUAAAUAUGGACCGUUUCUCUAAACACGAGUACGCUGUUGCGUUCUGUGUACUUGACAAGUAUGUUCUUGGCAAGAACACCAGAAAGUUCGUUUUGCCGAGUAUGGGAAGAUGAGGACGGCAUUUGGAACAACCGUAUACAUACACAGCAAAUUUUAUAGGUUACACACAAUUAUUUACAAUAACUGACAGAUUUAUAUUUCAUUUUUUAGUCUUUCUGAUAUAAAACUACAUCUGACGUUCAGAGUAUAAUGGUUUGUGACGCAAUGCAUUGUGGGAUACUUUGCUGUCCCAAGUCUGCAGAAGGAUGCAUCCUCGAUACAACGAGCAGAACAGGAACACAUCCAGGAAAUUUGAGCAGAAGAAACUUGCUUUAUAACGUCGCGUUCGUGCAGGCAGCAGGCUGCGUCUUUGCUCACAUGCUGCUGCUGCACGGCGCGGCAUGUAGUAAUGGAGUGUUCCAUCAGGGGGUGCUCUAGACUACUCAGACCGAACAGAGAGAGCCGGGUUUGUGGGUACAACUAAAAUAAAAGCUCACUAACUGUCAGUUUUGAGAUAACGACAGAAAAACGCAUUAAUUUCGGAAGAUGUGCACAAACAAUGUCUCAAAUCAGCUCAAGUUACGCAAGGCAGCCAUUUUAAACACGCGUACGUGUCAUUUAACAAGUAUAUUCUGGUCCUUGGGAUUGGAAGAGUACUUGGGCUAAAGCUGAUGAUGUUUAUCAAGUACACAAGUACAGACAAGUACACAUAUUGAGAAACGGCCAUUCAUUUAAAUUCAAAUCAGUGUAACCAGGCUGCCCAGGGACGUGCCUGACUUUAAAUCAGCUUUACUAAGGAGAUGCUGAUAUAUUAAAAGAUGGUAUAUUUGGGCCUACUGAUAUCAGUCUACUACUAAUCAGAACACUGAUGCCUUCACUAUCAUGUUUCAAAUGAAACUACCUGAAAAACCCUUUUCUAAACAGAAUCACCAGCUAACGUUUAAGCAUCCAGUCGUAUGUAACUCCUGUUCUUGGCAGUAUUUGACAUACGUAAAGAACUGAUUGGAUGAUCAUUAAAGAAUGUUUACAGACACUGGCAUUUAUAAAACAGACUGGUAAUGAAGUAGACAUCUGUUUGCAGAAAUAACCAGACAAACUAAGUGUAGCUAAACUAUCGCCCUACUCUGUGAUCCUCUUGUGAACCUUUUUGGCAGAAAAGAAAACACUUUUGUGUGCUAUUGAGAGAACUUUUGGCAUUUUGACUCAUGGAAAGUGUCCUUUAUUUAUCUCUGUACACAUUUUCCAACAUCAACCAGCAACUGAGGUGUUCCACAGAUCCUGUGUUGUUGCUGUAGACCUGCUCUAACGAAGGCUUUUCUCAUUUAGCCGACGUGUGUGUGUGUGUGUGUGUGUGUGUGUGUGUUUGUGUGUGUGUACAUGUCUAAAAGAUCAAAGGUCAAAUAAGCACAGAGGGUCAGGAAGUGCCUGUACUAGGAUUGUACAGGAAACUAAUAAAAUAUGGAUGUUGAACAGAUGAAACGGAGAUCUUCUUUUUAAGGAUUGGGAGUUUUCUUUGGUAAAAUAAAGUUAAAUUAAGUGUUUAAGAAAUUUCUCCCGUUUUUUUGUGUAAUUUCCAACAUUGCUGUUUUUACGAGUGUAGAUGUGCAAAACGGUGAACAGAUUCAGUAAAAGCUACAUUUUACUUUUUGUUUCCUCUUCAGAUUCAAUUUUAAUGGCUGCUGUUCUUUUCUUUUAUUGUAUUUUUAAAUAAUCAAACUGAUGAUUAUAACUGCAGCCAGAACUGACCGAAGUAGUCCUAGAAUCCAUCAUGUGUGUGAAUUUGUUUGAUGGUUCUGCAUCAAGGGAACUGGAGGCUUGGUACCGAGUUUGUAACGGUUUGGUGACGUUUUUAAAAUAUUUGGAUGUAUGUACAGAAUAUUGAGAAUUUAAAUGAUAUCUGUCUGUAAAAGCUCUCAAUAAAGGAACUUUUCACUCAGUAA